GUUUUCCGUGACGCGGGCUCCGGUAAUUAGCGAUACUCUUUAACAGCUGUCUCUAACGAAGCGAUUCAACUAUGGCGUCGGAGAGUUCAAAUUAGGUAGAAAGAAGCGUAAAAGCUGAAACUGAAAAGUAUGGCGAAAGUCUUGGAGCGAAAAGAUGAAGAUUGUGCCAGGAGAAAUGAUUUAAAAAUCAUGGUGUAAAAAAAGUUUUACAGAUGGGCAUGGCUUGGAAAAAAAAAAAAAAAGUGUAACCGUGCAGAUGGCAACGAAAACGGUAUCAUGUCUCACCGAGCACGUUCCCGGCAAAGUGCUGUGCACUUAUCCAGGAGACUAUCCAAACCAGGAAACGCAAUGGUUCACCUUGUACACACAAAAACCGUAAACGUGGGCUGUCUGCGACGAACAAGCAUUGAGGUUCCUGGAAACAACGUUAUGGCUGCGGAUGAGCGCGUGACCGUGAGCGGAGGUAGUGGGUUGGACGCAGGUCAGAGGCGCGACCGAGGGAACGUCGUCAGGAGCUGGAGUCGAUUAGUCUGCGUGUGAGCAUUUGGGCCCGAGUUGCGGUCUACAACAGCAGCUCCUUGAGGAAGAAGACGAGGGGGAGCUGGGUAGGAUUGUCCCUUGUCGGGGUUGGAGGAGGAGCCCCUCUCAGGAGAAGGAGGCGGAACUCCCGCCCGCUCACCGUCGAACUCCAGUGCGGAUGUGCCACCCAGCCUCCGGCUUCGCUCGCGUGACGCUGAACGGAGGAUGGACCCGGCGCCCUGGAUUAGUGGAGCCGCCGAGGUGGUUUGUGAAGGGUGGCUCCAAAAAUCGCCACCAGAGAAAAAGCUUCGACGUUACACGUGGAAGAGGCGCUGGUUCGUGUUACGUAGCGGCCGGCUGAGCGGAGAGCCGAAUGCUCUGCAGUAUUACAAAAACCCGCAUUCCCGACGCCCCAUCAGAACCAUCAACUUGGGCUUGUGUGAGCAGGUGGACGCUGGCCUGUCGUUCGCCAAGAAGGAAUUGGGGAAGAGCUUCGUGUUCGCCCUGAAGACGGCGGAGAGGACGUGGUACCUGGUGGCCGAGUCCGAGGACGACAUGAACCGCUGGGUGGCGUCCGUGUGUCUGCUGUGUGGCUUCAAGCCGGGAGAAGAAGUCCCUAAAAGUCCUCCCCUUGCCACGGUCGCAGCGUCCGCUCCGCCUGUACGAUCGCCCCCCCUGGAGGCCGAAAGUGGUCAUGCGCAGGAGAGCGACGUGCGGCUGAGACGACGGCAAACCUGUUUCAGGCCCCCCGAAAGUUCCUUGACCUCUCAAGAAAACGAGAGUGACAACCGCUUGCCUCCUUCCUCUUCCUGUUCCCCCUCUACUCUUGGCACCAGGCUCCCCCCGUCAUCCUUCAACUCCCGGACGUCAGUUUGGGUAGCCGGCCCGCUAACGGGCACCCUCAGCCGGUCUCUGGACUUCAGCGUAACUCCUGACCUUCUCAGAGGCGGCGGGAAGCCUCAAUGCCACCCCUCCCCGCACCCCAGGAAGCACUCUCUGGAUUUCCACCUGCGUCCCGUGGCGAUCCCCCUCUUUGAUGCCGCUCCCCACUUCACACCUGUGACGCAGCCGGUACAUUCCUCCCCCACCCCGAGGAUGACGCCGAUAAACCAGGCUGAACUUUGCCCUUCCACUCCGACCCCCCCGCCCCGCCCACCCAAGCCUGUCGUUGUUGCAGCUCAAGGAGAGAGUCCCCCUGGGGGGUACUUGCGUGGAGACUCGCUCUCAGGCCAGCAGUCGCUAUCAGCCGCUCGCUCGCCGUCUGACCGAGUGAGCAUGUUUGACUUCAGCGACCGCUUCAACAGCUACUUUUUCAAAAAAGGCAUGAUACCGCUGGCAGACGGAGACUCAGACGAAAACUACGUUCCCAUGAGCGCCGCCGCCACGGGCCGCUGCUCACGACAUGGUCUGCCCUCUGAGGUGCGCGACCAUCGCCAGGAGACCAAUUACGUCCCCAUGACCCCCGUUCCUGCUCACCUCCCUGCCUCGGCGGACCCGGCGUCUUUUGGGAGUCAAGUGCCGCUGCCCGAUGACACGGACUUCUGUAACGCCCCCCUGACGCCGACCGCUGCCCUUCCCCUCCGCAUGAGUGUGGCCGGCGAAGGGGACCCGGGGGCCGUGCCCCCUCCCAUCCACCGCGAUCUCAAGCCGCCGCACAGUGUCCCGCCCCCUGUGCACUCACCUGUCUCUUGGACCUUUACAAGAGGCAGGCAUUCAGCCAGACCGACCUUUUCGCACAGUUCAUCCCCUGCCUCGGAUUCGGACAAUGUCGGUGACAGCUACGUCGCCAUGACGACCUCCAGUCUGAGCUUUGACGCAGGGCAACGUUCCCUGAAGCUCAUGCGCCACCGCACCUCUGAGGGCGGGCCCGGCAGCUCGUCAGAGCAGAGAGCCAGAAGUGUCUCACAAGUGGAGUACUUGGACCUGGACCUCCACACGGGGCCCUCAACAUUGAGACAGAAACGUUGCCCGGAUGACAUCGGCGGCACGCCGGCAAAGGCUAUGGAGGAGUGUGACAGUGUUCAGCGUGUGGACUACGUGGUGGUGGUGGUGGACCCCAAGAGGACCAAGGCCCCGAGGAACACCAGAGAGACGUGGCAUGACGGCAGGAUGUCCACGGAGAAGUGCAAGGAACACAGCUGAGA